AUGGCCGGACCACACUUCGCGCUGCCCGAUAUGAGGCAAGUGUUCGUGAAUUCCUUUGCUGCCGGCGAGAUAAUUGUACGAAAUAUCACGGUGGAUCGAUUUGUUCCUCCACAAAUUCGAUUCCGAUUAAACAACAACUCGACCGUUCAAAUGCUAACUCAUUCCGGAUAUAUUCAGGCAGCAGCAGAUUGGGAACUACGCUCCGAAUUGUUGAGCGUUCUUCAAGUUCCUUUGGAGGGAACCAUUCGCAUCCAGAUGACGGGGCUCAUAUCGGAGAUCGAUAUGGAAAACGUCUCGCCUGACAGUCUGGAAGUCAGCAACUGUGUUGCGCGUAUUCGUGAUGUCCGUCUAAGCUUUCAUGGAAGUGUCGCAGCCAAUAUUUUUCAAUUGUUCAGAGCGAGCUUCGUGAAGGAAAUACGCAGGAAGCUUGAAGAGGAUUACUGCACGCUUAUGGAAAAGUUCUGGAUGACAUGGGUGAGAGCUCAACUGUCACAAUUCUCGCCAAAUCUCACACUCAGCCGGACCAAUCCUCAAGUUAUCCUCACGCAAUCGCUUGAAACAAUUGUUUUGUCACGAGACCACAUCGACUUAGAAAUGCGAAGCGACUUGAUCUGGAAUGGUAAUCUGAUGGAGAGUGAGAGCGUCUCUCUGUACAAUAAUGAUACGGAAACACCCUCGACCCGAAUGAUCACCAUAUUCGUGGAAGAAGAGACCAUGCAAAAUAUAUUGAAGGCCGCAUACUACGCUGGACAUUUCAUAACCACAGUCGAAAGUCCUUUCUUGAAAACUCAGUGUGAUGUGCUAUGCAUUGGAACAAUGCUUCCAGAACUAUCUGAAGCGAUGCCAAACACAUCACUUAUAGCGCAGGUGUCGGCACUUUCCGCUCCAAUUAUCUCCUUAUAUGACAGUCAGGCGGUCGUUUUCGUUAACGCUUCAUUGAAUAUUCUUGCUAAAUCUGCAUCUAAUGAAGCUCAUGGAAUGCUUGUUAGUAUAAACGUCAUUACGGAGUUUAUACUUGAGCUGGCAAUUGAAAAGGGAAGGGUCAAAGGUUCUGCGACUACUCUCAGAACUCAAGCAGUACUAGUCGAUACCCAGAUAAAGAUUGUAUCACAGAAGACUGUCGACCUUCUUGUCGAGAUGUCAACACCAUUCGUCGAGGACGCCAUUGAGCUGCUCCUUCAUCGUGGAAUAUCAGUAUCGUCACUAUUCCAGUUUCCCACCAAGAACGAGGUUCUCACUGUUCACGGAAAAUUUUUGAGGCUUGAAACAGAUAUUGACUUUCCAAUGUCUUCCUAUUACUCCACCUUGCAC